CUUUUAGACUGAGUGUCAGUCAACAUGGAGGAAAGCAGGCGACUGUAGCCCAGAGAAGAGGACAAAAACGCUGCACCCUGCCGCCUCCCGCCUUCCGUUUUGCCUCCUUAUUAUCCCAAAUCGGUGAUCACUCAACUGCACCAGCACCGGAGACACCUGAGGGGUAACAGCGGCCGAGAUGAAGCAUUUCCUGAGAGUCGUGACCCAGUUCUUUGUGUUCCUCUACUGCAAGUGUCUUUGGCGGGGCCUAAAGUUUGUUGCCAGGAAGUUUACAGGACGCUGCGAGCUGCAGCGAAUCUGCUACAACAACAAACAUGGAGCCCGCAGGACCCUCAAGAUAGAGUCAUCUCUGAGGUACUCCAAGAAUGAGCUGCUGCAGUCUGCCCUCAGCGUCCAUCCUGAUAAAGUGGAGAAAACCAUCGAUGACAUCAUGGCCUUGAAGAAAAUUAACCCUGACACCAACCCACAGCUCGGCAUCUCUCUGCAGGCCAGCCUGCUGCAGAUUGUGGGCUACAGGAGCCUGGUGGCAGAGGUGGAGAAGCUACGCAGGGAGCCUUAUGACUGCGAAAAUCCUGAGCAUGAGGAAAUGCUGAUGAAGCUAUGGAAAGAGCUGCGCCCUGACACACCUCUCACGGGUCGCAUAUCCAAACAGUGGUGUGAGAUUGGUUUCCAGGGCAGCGAUCCAAAGACUGAUUUCAGGGGCAUGGGACUGCUGGGCCUGCACAACCUGCUGUAUUUUGCUGAACACGACAAGGCUACUGCCCUGCAGAUGCUCCAUGAUUCCCUCCAACCAAAGCACAACGAGGUAAACAAGCCUGAAUGGGAACAGAAGAACCUUGACAAAGCGAUUGGGUAUUCCUUUGCCAUUGUGGGCAUCAACAUCACAGAUCUGGCCUACUCUCUGUUGGUGAGUGGAGCUCUGAAGACCCAUCUGUACAAUGUGGCUCCAGAGAUGCCCAGCCUGCUGCACUUCCAGCAGACCUUCUGUUACCUGAUGCAGGAGUUCCACCGCUUCUGGAUUGAGGAGGAUCCCAGCGACAUCAUGGAGUUUAACCGAGUCCGCUCCAAGUUUCACCGAAGGAUCCUGCGACAGCUGAAGAACCCAGACAUGGCUCUGUGCCCCCACUUCUCUGCCUCCGAUCUCCACCUUGUCAACCUCUAAACACCCUCACUGAGCCCUUCAUACCCCUACAGAGGUCUCCCGUCUUCAUGAACCCCCACAGAGGUCUCCCUUAGAUGUCUGGUAGGCCAUCAAUACAUCAGAACCAGCCUCACACUCGCAGAGAUGGUUCCUCCAUCUGCUGGACAUAUCUGGGAAGGCUCUGUUCCAUGUCCGCUCAGCCCAACACGUCCCAGCUAACGUCAUGUUGCAUCACUGCCAACAGCUUAACUCAACCACACACACACUCACACACACACAAACAGAAUCUAACCUUAGACAGGAUCUUAAUAAUUUAAAAUGGGGACUUUUCCCUCAGACUUCCCACAUUGUAAACAGAUGUUUGAUCCCCCCAAAAAAAUUAAAAAAAGAAGUGCACACACAUACACACUGCCUAUCUGCCCUCACUGCAGCGUUAGACCACCAGCAUCAGAGAUGACCAUAGCGAUUGUAGCUGUGCAUGAGGAGGCUGGCACCACUCCAUCACUACACUCAUUGUUGUUGCUUUAAGGACUCAUAACGAUUGUAUCACAGCCGUUACACCUCAGUUAUGAACCCUUUUUGUUUAAUUUAAUAACAAACCAAAUUUACUUUAUCAGCCAAAAACAGCUAUUAGAUAGAUUGCGAUGUAUUGAUCAGCAGUUUGGAAUAUUUUGACGGUUAGCGCACUGACUAUCAGAGACGAAGACGUAUAGAUAUAUGAAAAGGUGUGAUUUAUGGGGCAGGGGGGUGUUUUUGAUCCUUUUUGGGAGGGGAUGAAUUCCAACUAAGUUCAGGAGCUGCUGAAUUUCCAGAAAAAAUCCCUCUGAAUCUCUAUUUAAAUUUCAAUUUGCAUCUCAGUCUCAUGUUUUCAUCUUGUGGACACAGCAGGAUGCAAUCAAACAUAAUAUAAAAGUGUAUCCCAGUUUUAUAUGUCAUUUGGCCACACUUAAAUAUUUUAUAUCCAGUUAAAUUGGAGCGGGACUCCCACACGAUCUUCUGUCACAGUGGUGCUGUGUCUAUUUCUGACUGUUUUGAAGUUGCAUUCAGAAAAUUACCUAGCAGAGUAGAUAAAUUCUGCCCCAACUGGGACUAAACAUAAUUCAGCAGAGAUGAGAUGUAGACCAGAGGAGAAAAAUUCCCCUCAUCAAAUCAAAGUUUGAGAGAACUUUUGCUGGUGCUGUUUCAGUCAAACCAUAAAGGGCCACUUCACCUCGAAACUCUGUUUUACGAACUGCCACAGAUGGUGUCUAAAUGACAUCAACACCUAAGAUUUCUCCUUGCCAAAAUAUCGAAUGUGGAGCAGCAGCUUUGCUUAAAUUUCAUUUUUGCAAACCUGCUAAAUUAUGUUUAUAAAUAUUUUAUGAACCUUACUCGAUGUGUGGCAUUUGGCAGCCCUGCUCCCAGCUUGGAUAGUAGAAAUCUAAAUAUGUAUGUUGUGAACAUUUUCUACAGGUUUGCAAAAGCUUUUUGCCUUUGAUUUGACUCCAUGCAGAGAUUCUGUUAUGAAUGUUUCUCACAUCCACGAUUGUUUGAUUCUUUUUGUAUUCAUUGAAUGUGACAAUGUGUCCACUGUUGUAUCAGCCAAAGCAAUAAUUUACACUCAUUUCACUGCACAUUUCUUUAAAAUGUGUUUAUUUGCACCAUGCGUGCCUGAGUGUUUUGUUUAACUUUCUGACUCAGAGCUGGAAUACUAAUCAGUUUACACAAGCCACAUGCAGAGCUGAAUACAGGUGAAAUGUCACCACAUUAACUUUGAAACAUUAGUAUAAUUACCGUAGACAAAGGUUUCCUCGACUGUGGCAGCAAUUGCGCUGCGUUUAACAAUGCUGGAAUUUGGCAAGACAUUUAAAUGCAGAGUUGCUCCAUAGGGAGUUUAUUAAGUGACUGCUGCUAAAACAGAGGAGAGCUGACAGUGAAAGUUUAAAAUGCAACACGAUGGAGGUGUUGACCUGCCAGUCAAUACACCACCUGCAGAGCUCUCACUGUCACACUGACCAAAAUGUUUUUCUUUCCUUUGUGCUACCAUCAGCAAUCUGACUGAUGGAGGCAUCAGCCUCCUAGUGAGAGCAAUAGGACGCUGAUGGUGCAGAUUUUUCAUAUUUUUUGUUUAAAGUUAACUCCUAUUUUUAUUAAAAGAACAUGUUUAAGAUGUGCAAGAAUGACCUGAACAAGAAAACUAUGAGAAAUACACUCACUGGCUACUUCAUUAUGUGCAAAGUUCAACUCCUUGCUGAUGCAAAUGUUAAAUCAAACACAUGGAAGCAGCUCGGUGUAAUUAGGAAUACAGACAUAGUCAAGAUGACCUGCUCAAAAUUACUAAUUGAAUUGGAAAAAGAAGACUGAGAAUUAUAUUUGACGACUGUGAAUUUCUGCUCCAACAUUCAGAUGGUAGGGCCAGCUGAGCAUUGCUUCCAUUAGGUUAACGUGUCAUGUUGCAAAGCUCAAAUCAUCUCAAACUGGUUUCUUGAGCAUCAAAACGAGUUCACUCUAAAUAAAUGUUGACUCCAGAGUCACCAGAGCUCAAUCCAGUAGAGCCCCUUUGGGAUGUGGUGGUACUAGCCAGGUGUUACUGGUAUGAGGUGGCCAGUGAGUGGAUCACAAAUUAGCAUUCAGGAAAAAUGCAGUUAAAUAUUUGGAUUACAUUCUCAAUGAGAACCCUAAUUAACAUUUUUAAUUGACUGCUAUUUUAUUACUGAUGUGAGAACAGAUUGUAACAUAACAUAGAAAAUAAUUCCUGUGUAAAACACUGAAUGGGAUUUGUCCUUGAAAAUCCAAAGCAUGACCUUUAUGCUAGCUCCAGAGUGCCUUCCCUUGCCACCUCUCAUUCACUCCCAAAUACAAGAACUAAUCAAUGCUAACUUAAAUAGAGUCUACUAAUCCUGUACACCAACAAAGGCUCCAACACACAGUACAAAAAUCCAAAACUCAUGUGGAUUCAGACAGUACUUAGGUACAACUUUAGCGAUUAAGCUAAUAACGGUUAGCCAGCUAGCAGUUACAUUAGGUAGCUAGCAGCGAUCUAGGCAACCGUGGUUAUGCUAUUAUUUUGAAGGAGUACUUCAAUGAUCCUAAUCUAUCCUAAAUAAUUGUCACUGGGACAUAAAAACCUACAUGGAUAAAAUCACCAGUCAAAUCUAAACUAAACCAAAACAACGGUUUAAAAGCUGUUUCCCCUGAAAGUUACACUUCUCCAUUACUGCUGUUGUAGAUUUUUUCUGAUAGAGUUCAAUAAAAUGUUCUUUUUUUCUUACAAUGUUUCUGGGUUUAGUAGAUAAAAUAACAUAAGUGUCGUUCUUCUGGCUAAUGUUAUGUAACAAUGAUAUUUAGCAGUUACUGGCUUUUUUCUGUUUGAUGUUAACAUUAAGCCUGAAGACACCCAGGUUAAUCUAGUAAAGUCCUGCUAGCCAAAAGAAGACAUGGCCGAUGUUAGGGCAAACCUAGGGUCAGCAUCAGCAGGGAAUUUAAUUGAUAGAGGGAUCUUUAUUUUAAAUUUGAUGACCCGGAACUCUUGUUCUUCAAUUCUUGCUCUAUAAUUCUUCAUUACGAUUUCUUUUUUAUUAAACUGUUUUCUAAUUCACAAAUAGGGAAAAAUACACGGUCUAAACAACAUGAACAAAACUUUGUACAGGAAAUAUUUUCCCCUCUUGAUAUUCAGCAUGUGGACCCACUAGAACCACUGCAGCUGUCUUAUUUGUCACACAGCUGUUACCUGAGGUCCUUUUGUAGAGACAGACUUGGGUAAUAUCCAGUUCCUUGUCUCUGGAGCAGCAUUUUGAUUUUUUUUAAUCUCAGCUCUGAGCCACACUCACUUUUUCACCAAAUGGUUAAAGCCCACGUCUUUUCUUGAACACACAACCACUGUAUUUAACAUGCUUUGACAAAUGUACUCAUCACAUUACUGAAAGAAAUACAACACAAGCAUUAAUUUUACAUCCAUGCUUGCACUGUUGAUUGUGUUGAACAGUACUGAAUACCUUUGUUCCUUUUGAAGUGAAUGUCAAAGCUUUUUGUCAGUAUUACGCAGCUGAUUUAUUUAGUGAAUGUCAGCGCCGAUUUUAUCUCCUGCUUGCAUUUGCUUUGCUUUACUGUGGUCAGCUUUGCACUACUGUAAAAAUAUAAAUGCAGUUUUCUUUAUGUUAAUAAAUUAGUAAUUUGUGGUGUGAGGGCCGACGUGUCCAACGAUACUGUAGAUGAAGUUAGGCACAUGCUGCUGUAUAUUCUGCUUUGAAACUGCCUAAGAGACCUCGAUCUGCAUGAUACGGUCGCUGCUUCAACAUUGUGUAUUCCUCAGUAAAGUACUUCUGAAUAUUGUAGUGUGCUUCAUUUGUUUGUGCUGUACUUUUUGAGAUCACAAUAAAGAUCAAAGGAGAGUUAAA